AUGAAUGUGCAACGUAAUAUCUGUGUAAACACUUUGACUGAAGACGAAUCGUGGAUCCUUUUUAAACGUGUGGUUGGUGAAAAAAUAGAGACAGACACUAGCUUGAAAAAAAUCGCAAAAGCUGUCGUUCAAGAAUGUGGUGGAUUGCCACUCAUCAUUCAAGCUGUAGGAAGAGCCUUGAGAAGCAAAUCCAGUCCUAUAUGGGAGGCGACACUGGAUCGGCUACAAAAACAUGCUCCUCUAGAUAUCGCUCCUGAGAUAAGGAAGGCGUUUACGCAUUUGAAGCUGAGUUAUGAGUAUCUUGAAAGUGAAGAAGCUAAAUCUUGCUUCUUACUAAGUAGUUUGUAUAGAGAAGAUGGAUCGAUUCGGGUUACAGAUUUGGUAAGCUAUGGGGUGGGUCUAGGGAUAUUUAAUAAUCUCGAUAGCAUUCAAGAUGCAAGAAAUAGAGUUCAAAUUGCAGUUGACACUCUCAAAUCAUCUUUCUUGUUAUUGCCAACGGAGUACAAAGAUCUUGUUGAAAUGCAUGACGUUGUUCGUGAUGUGGCGUUGUUAAUAGCUUCUAAAGGUAAAGAUAAUUUUUUGGUGAAUUCUGGAAAACGUUUGAGAGAAUGGAAGCCAACAAAGAAUACUUCUGAAAGCUACACGAAGAUCUCUCUCAUGUAUAAUAAAAUUUCUGAGCUUCCUGAUCAAGACCUUCAAUUCCCUCUUCUUGAUACCUUCAUUAUACGAGACAAUGAAAUUUCAUUUGUCAGUGAUGAAUUCUUUCGAGGAAUGAAAGAAGUUAAAGUUCUAGAUUUGUCUUAUAACAAUCUCUGCUUCCUCCCACAAUCAAUGAAGCUGCUCAAAAAACUCCGCAUGCUUGAUCUAACUGCGAACAAUGGCAUCAAUGAAAUUUCUCUACUUGGGGAGUUAAAAGACCUUGAGAUUCUAAUGCUUGGAUUUACUGGAAUUGAACAGAUUCCUGAAGAGAUUGGUCAAUUGACCAGUUUAAGGAUGCUGAAUCUUGAGUGGUGUGACUCUCUAUCAUGUAUAACACCUGGUGUCAUAUCAAGGCUCACUUGUUUGGAAGAGUUGUACAUUUUACACUGUGGUGGAGAUAUUGCUGAACUUAGUCUUGUGGAACUAAGUACUGCGGAAUUGGAAACAUUAUCAGGGUUUUAUAUUCAAAUUGGUGACAGAUCAGAUUAUGUUUUUUCAAUACAUAAAUCUCAUAUACGACGCGUACUGUAUAUUGCUCGUGUUGGGAACGUAUUUACUGAUUCAGUGAAGAAACUGAUUCAGGUAAGUGAGUCUAUUGUGUUGGAGUCGAUAGAAGAUAUGGAUAGCAUUCUACCAGACAUGUAUGAAGAGAAUUUUAAUGAUUUAAAGUCUAUCACUUUGCGUGGUUGUCAGAAUGUUUCAUGCUUGGUGAAGACUAUGGAUCAAGAUGCAAUGCAAAUCUUUGGUGAAAGGGAAUCAAAGGAGAAGUUUUUCGCCCAAAUGGAAGAAAUCAUCUUGGUAGAUCUGCAAUGCUUGGAGCUUUUAUGGGAUUGCCCACAUCAAUAUAUAAGCUUUGGUAAUCUACAAAUAAUCAAAAUUAAAGGCUGCCCCUCCUUGGUAAGUCUAAUUCCAGUAGAUGUAGCACAAGGGCUUGUGAAUCUGAUUGAGAUAGAGAUUCAAGAUUGUGAUAAUCUUGUAGUAGUGAUUUCGGGAAGUGAUGAACAUAAAAAUGAUGGUGAAAUUGAGCAAAUAGAAGGCACUGGAAUUGAUGCACAGAUCGUGUUCUCUUGCCUUACCAGUAUUAGCUUGAGUGGUUUAUCUGGACUUGAGAGCUUCUACUCUGGUCAUUCUACCAUCAAAUAUCCUUCUUUGAAGUUUAUAAAGGUGGAAGGUUGUGUAAGCAUGACGAAAUGGGGCCAUGGAGUCCAUGUUAUACCUAACAUCAAAUUUCAUGAUCAAGGAAGAGAUUGUUCCAUCAAUGAUAUGAUCGCAAAUGAGGCCAGUGGAGAAAUAGAAUUUGGAAGUUGA